AAAACCGGCAACGAAAUAAACGAGAAGCCGUUUAGUGCACGCCAGACGGGCAAGACAAUAGUUAAAUACAGCGCGUGUUGGUUGGCCAUUGUCUGUUAUAUUUGGAGAACCCGCAGAAUAAAGCCGAUUUGCAGCGAGGAGAUAGAAAAGUCGGAGAGCGAGGGCGAUAUCCAGAACUAG